GGACAAACAUGAGUGUUCAAGCAACCGGACGUCUGGUAAGCUGGUAUCUACGUUUUUACUAUUUCUAGAGAGUUUGUGCUGACACAAUGUAAAUGUUAAGCAUUGUGAAUUAAUGGAGGUCUAUUUUUUUAACCUUUAAAAAAAAAAACGUUUAACACUUUCACAGUUUGAUAACGGUUUUGAGCAGCUAGACUACACAGCUAGCUAGCUAGCUUGAUAGCUAGCUAGGUCAAGUAACGUAUUUUGACGUCACAUAGGUUUGAAUGCCUGACCUGAUUGUAACAUACUGCUCAGGCAAGGACUAAGCUACCAUUCUUUUCAGUUCCAGCUGCACAUCUGCUACAUUACCAUAUUUUCUUCUGCAGGGUCUGCGAUGGACACUGAGAAAUGCAACGUGCCCUGUCCUAAAUCUAAGAACCAUCCUUGGGAGUGACAAUGUACGACAACGAGGUUUCAUGACAUGCAGACUCCUCUGUUCCACCCACAACCAGACUAGCACCCUGCAUCAACAUACUGACCUGUCACAGUACCAACUGCAGCCGGGCAGGGAGCUAUCCAUACAGGCUCUCCUUGACAUGGGCUUCACAGACACCCAGGCAGAUCAACUCUUAGAGGCAGCAACCAAGGGUCGAGGAGGGCAGAGUGAACAUGCCUCUUCCACGCUCAUGGCUCUGUUCGUCCUGGGCCUCAACCCAUCUAGUGUGCUGAAGGUGCUGGAGAAGUGUCCAGAGUUGUUCUACGUGAAGGGCACUCAGCUGCAGCAACGUAUGGACAACCUGAGGAGACUAGGGUUGCUUGAAGGUGAGAGGAUGGACCUGUCUUAGCUCUCUAUUCUCACAGGUUGUGCAGUGUACUUUAUCAUUUGAGAGUCAGACCCAGUGAAUUGUACUUUGCAUAACUGAGGUUGUGAUUGUUAUUAAAUAUAUGUUUUUGGAAUAUCUACAAUAUUCACAACACUAUCGUGGUCCUCUGUAGCUCAAUUGUGAGAGCAUGGCGCUUGUAACGCCAGGGUAGUGGGUUCGAUCCCCGGGACCACCCAUACGUAAAAAUGUAUGCACACAUGACUAAGUCGCUUUGGAUAAAAGCGUCUGCUAAAUGGCAUAUUAUAUAUUAUAUUAUUAUUAUUGGAUUAGUGGAGGCUACUGAGGGAGGACGGCUCAUAACAAUGUCUGGAAUGGAAUGGUAUCAAACACAUGUUUUGGAUUCCAUUCACUCCACUCCAGCCAUUAUUAUGAGUCUUCCUCCCAUCAGCAGCCUCCACUGCAUUGGAUGUGUAUGUGCGUAACAUCUUCCACCCAUUUUCCAUGGAUGCUCAGUAACCCCUAUGUGUGUGUCUCUCCAGGCAGUCUGCAGAGGGUGGUGAGCCACUACCCUCAGAUCUUGACACUGCCUCUGAAGAGGGUGAACACGGUAGCCAGGUUCCUCAGGGAGAAGUGUGCCUUCACCGUCCAGCAGGCCACUGACAUCUUCAGAGACUCUCCAGCCGUGGUUCAGGAUGACCUGGGACAGCUGGAGUACAAGUUCCAGGUCAGCGCUCACACUCAUUGGGAGUUAUAGGGAGAAUCUCAAUCUAAUGUCCUUGAUUAACUGCGUUCCUCUCUCCUCCUUCUCAAAACCCAUUGGAUGAGGUCAGAGGGGAGGGACUCAUCCAAUGGGUUUUGAGAAGGAGGCGAGGAGAGAGGAUGCAGGUAAUAAAGGACAUUAGAUUGAGAUUCUCCCAUUGUGGAGGAUGUGAUUGAUACCAAAAUAUUGGGGCGGGACGAUACUAGUAUCGCGAUACUCGUUAGUAUCGUGGCAAAGAAACAAAACACGAGGCGGAUUAUAGUUCUUUAGGAAAGGAGACUUUGUAUUCUCAAUGAAAAAUUCCCAAUUGGGACAGUAAAGAAAUUGAAGCUCCAGCUGCCAGCAAGACAACUACAAAUGCCUUAUGCUUAUCACUAGGCCUAUAUGUUUUUUUAUAUGUUGGUCCUUAAUGUCGAACAUUUGACACAAGUUUUCUUUGUCUCCUUACACCUUUUUCACCCCCCAUCCGUCUCGGCAGUACGCUUACUUCCGCAUGGGGGUCAAGCAGGCGGAGAUGGUGAAGUCCAAGCUGUUCCGUGUCACCCUGGAGGAGGUACGCUGCAGACACAGCUUCCUGGAGCGCAGGGGGCUGUACCAGACGCCAGACAAGAAGGGCCAGACCCUCAUUGUCAACCCCAAACUCAAAGACAUCCUAGCCGCCGCCGAGGAAACCUACCUGGCCGACAUCGCCAUGGCAACGCAGGAGGAGUUUGAGGUGUUUCAGAAGCUGAUGACGAGAGAGUGGCAGGAGGAUGAGGAUAAUGAUGAAGAGGAGGAGAGGGAUAUGGGAGCUGACAGUGAUGAUGAAGAGGAAGAUGAAGAUGAGGAAGAUAUGAAAAGUGGCUAUAGGCAGAGGAGAAAGAGAUGAGACUGUGGGGGAACUGGUGAUAUCCGAAACAUAAUGGAUAUUCAAAAUGAUCUAGCUAUUUAUCGCUUGUAAAAAUGAAAUAAAGUAUUUUCAUUUUCA